AUGACCCGAAAAAUUCGGGCCAAAGCCGACCCGGACCGACCCAUGAGGAAGAUCCGCAUAAUCUGCAACGAUCCGGACGCCACCGAUUCGUCCGACGACGACGAGCAGCGGGCCCACGUGGGCGAAAAGAAGGUCAAACGGAUGGUCCACCAGAUUUCCUUCCCUAUCCCCCAGCCGGGCCCACCUGGAAAGAAGAAAUUUGGGUCCCCCAAACGGGCCACGAGGAGAAGCCCCGGCGAAAAGACGAUUCUGCCCCCGGAGGCCACGGGCAAGUUUCGCGGGGUCCGCAUGCGCAAGUGGGGCAAGUUUGCCGCCGAGAUCCGCGACCCGAUCAAGCACAAGCGCAUAUGGCUCGGCACUUACGACACCGCCGAGGAAGCCUCCCGAGCUUACGAGCUCAAGCGGGUCGAGUUCGAGACCCUGGCCCGCUCGCCUGUCGUCUCUAUCCGCUCCACGAUUGUGAACGAGCCGCAAAACGAGGUCGCCUACGUGUCGGAUGGCUCGAGCGGGAGUCAAGAGUCGAUUAUUUCCCGAUCUUCACCGUCGUCCGUGUUAGAAUUGGAUUGCAUGACUUCGGAUUUGGCUAAUGGUAAAGCCAAAUUACGAAACAUGACGGACAAUAAUAAUAUCAUAAAUUUAACUAAUAAUGGUAGUAAUAAUAAUGCGAAUCACGGGUUGGUUGGGGAAUUCGAAAACGAGGAGGUCAGUUUGGCAAUCGAGCAAAAUACCGUUCACGGUGUGGUUUCAGAGUUCGAGCAUGGGGGUGGCAAUUUGAUCGUCAUGCGAAAUGUCGAUAAUGAGAUUGUUGGGGAAUUCAAAAACAUGGAGGGCAAUUUGGUCAUUAUGCCAAAUGUAGAUAAUGAGCCUAUAGGGGAAUUCGAGGGUGGAGAGGGCAAAUUGGUGAUUACGCCAAAUGACGAUAACGGGGCUAUUGGGGAAUUCAAGAAUGGGGAAGCUAAUUCGGUCACUGGUCGAAGGCCAGAGAAUUGGGGAGUGAUUGACGAUGAUUUGGCGGAGUUGGCAUGGAUGGGGGAAAUCAUGGACAAGCACGUCGGGCUCGAUGCACCUUUACCGAUGGAUGAUUUCGAUGUGGGCCCAUUGCAACAGCGUGAGAUCAACAUUGAUUUUCCCCCGAUUAGUGAUGUGGAAUUUGUGGGCCAGUCGAGUGGGUUGCAGGAUUUCGACUCGUUUUUCGACUUUGAAGGGUGGAUUGAAGGGCUCUCUUGGUAG